CCUUUGGACUUUUCGACGCUCCGCCUAUCUUUUGGGUUUAGCCGCAGAUCUCUUGGCGGCAAGCAACCAUGCGCAAACGAUCAAGUCCAAGUCCACCCUGUUCCUCUUAAUUCGUUAUAUUCAUUUCUCCUAUACACUUAUUUAUUCUUCCAGCUUUGCGACAGUGCCUGCUUAAGACGGCGAUCGCAGCUACUAGAACAACCUAUCAUUGACGGAACUUGUCUGUCCCGUCCAAGCUUUCCUCUUCCAUAUUCCAGCGAUAGCCGGAGGAUAUAAGAAUUGAGGCACUACUCUGAUUCUUUGCUUGAAUAUUAUAUGUCGCGGUAGCGAUAUAUCCCUUGUUAUUUUGUCUGGCGGAGUCUAAACUAACAAUUUGCUGUGGGACUAUUCAAACAUGUCCUUCAAAUCAAAGAAUCUUGCAUAUGAGGCGAAAGAACCGGCAUUCUUACAGCGACUUCGAAACCAAUAUGGAGACACCUCCGGUCGCCUUGAGCGCCCAAUUGCUCGACCCCGAAAACUAAAAGAUGCCGAUGACGAUGACGACCCUACCUAUGUUGAUGAAGAGAGCAACGAAGUGAUAUCAAAAGAGGAGUAUGAAGCGCUCGUUCGCGAGAGUAAUAAGGAAGGCGAGGACACGGGGAAAGGAGAACCAGACCCGGAACAAACCACAUCCCAAGAUAAUGAACAGGAUAAGGCAAGUACCACGCAAGAAGCGCCCAUAUCGAAACAGAACAUGGCAGAGAUAGGAGGGCCGAAGAAGCGAAAGCAGGCGAAGGUUAUUGGCGAAGAAGAGCCUGCAGCAGAGAAAGAAGAAAUACAGCCGAAAGACACUGGAUCUCGGAAGCCCAAGCAAAAGAAGAAGAAAAUCAAGCUCUCGUUUGACGAGGAAUGAUUAAUACCCAGUCAUAGUGUCUCGAUUUGACUCAUAUUAUGCGGCAAAGCCCUCUUUUAGUUCGGGCGCCAGUAGAAUAGUCGUCAUAUUCCAUAACAGCCUGAAAAUAAUUAAUAAUCAAUGAAAAAUACUUUAGAUGCACGCUUCCAG